ACACGCUCAAUGAUCAUUGUGAUACCCAUUCAGAAGAAGACUGUUACAUUCUGAACAUAUUUAUCGAAUAGACUAAGUGAAUAUUAUCAUGGACCCGUUUAACGAUUACGACAAGACCGACUUAUCGGAGGUUUACCAUUUACUCCCUAAUUUCAAUGACGAUGAGGAACGUGUAAUGCUGAAUUUGGAUUCACAGGAGACACAGAGAACGAAUCGAAAAAAGUGUACCUUUGGUGAUGAACACAAUGAAAUCGAUGGUACCGGCUGGUCGGACAAACCUGUCAGAAAUUGGUGUCAAGAAGAAACAAUCAAUUGGUUGAUAUCUGCAGCUUCUUACAUUGGUCAACCAUACAGUUUAAUUCAACAAAGUCUGGCAGUACCAGGACACGAAUUAGUCACCUUCACAAGAGACGAUUUUAUCAACCAUGAUCCUAUAUAUGGAAAUCGGCUAUAUGACCUACUCCACUCUCAGCAUAUCUCAAACUUAUUUCCAUCAUUCGAAGACAUUUUCUACAAUUCCGAAGAUCAGUAUGCGCGAAGCAAUUCUAAUAGUACGUCAGAUGCAGAAUCAGAUAAUAACAGUAUUGACGUCUGUACAAAACCGGGUAGACCGGGCAGACCAAAACUACCAAACAAACAAAAACCAAAAAGUUCUCAAGGAAAGCUUUGGGAAUUCAUUAGGGACUUGUUAUGUAAUAGAGAAACUUGUCCAAGUUUAAUAUGUUGGGAAGAUUAUUCACAAGCGAAGUUUCGGUUCGUUAAAAGUGACGAGGUGGCGAAACGAUGGGGUUCACGAAAAGGAAACACAAAAAUGACGUACGAGAAAUUGAGUCGAGCUAUGAGGUAUUAUUACAAAAGUAAAAUCUUUCUACCUGUACUGGGUCGAAGAUUAGUCUAUCAAUUUGGACCCAACGCGAAAGGCUGGCAGACUGACAAUCCAAAUUUCCGAUAUUAAUUUUACUUAUCACUAUAAGUACAUCUAGACUCUACAGAUUCCUUCAAAGUUUCAUUCGUUGUAAAAAUUGCAUAAAAAUUGAGGGUAAUAUCACUUAAGAAGAGAUAUUUUCUCAUCCUCGUUGAUACGUUUUUAAGCAUAAACUAUUAAGUGUAUAUUUGAUACAAGAUAAAAGUCGUAAAUAUUUUAUUAAGCGAAGUGAAAUAUUAAGUGCCAGUUGAAUCAACAAUUGUAAAAGACUAAGCAAGAAAGAUCUAGUAUUAUAUACAAUUUUAACUAGAUUUAAAUAAUGUAAGGACAGUAUGAAUGAGUAUAAAUGCUAAGGUUUUUUCAUAUCAAUGUAUGUAUGGCUGAAUAUGACAACAUGUGUAAUAGCGAAAUGUGAGAGUAAAGUCAGUUUAAUUAUAUA